UGAAGAGUGGGAAGGCUAACUAACAUCUUUGACCGGAGUGGAAAAACAGCUCUAUUAGCAUAUACCAGCAGAUUAUUAUUACAUGACAGGACAGUAGCCGGAAAUCAACUCGAAACGACAAACCAGAAAUUGAGUUUUAUUCCUGUAGGGCUCUGCUUUUUAUUUGCGGAUGAGAUAUGUCCUCGACGGCGUCCAGGCCUUUAUUUGUUAUCUGAGAGGAGUCGUAGCUGACUGGCUAGCUGGCUAACUCCUCCCUGCCCCCUCACUACGAGCUAGCUACUUAGCGAUAGAGGUGUGAAAAUAUAAAGAAAUCCGGCUUUGGCAGGCUGUGGUCAAGAGAACGACACUUGACAAUGAAUGGCCUUUCUGUGAGUGAGCUGUGCUGCCUGUUCUGUUGCCCCCCCUGCCCCAGCCGCAUCGCUGCCAAGCUUGCCUUCCUGCCCCCUGAGCCUACCUAUGCCCUCCUGCCCGAUUUGGAGGCCGGGCCGGUACCGGCCGGACCAACGGGAACGUCAAGCUUGCGCUCCCGGGUAGGAGGUGGCGGUAGUGGUGGGAGUUCGAUAGGGGGUGUGAAUACCACUGGAGAGGGGCGCUGGAAGCUCCACCUCACAGAGCGGGCAGAAUUUCAGUACUCCCAACGGGAGCUGGACGCCACGGAAGUGUUCCUGACUCGCUCUAGUCGGGGAAACAGAGUGGGCUGCAUGUAUAUCCGCUGUGCCCCCUCUGCCAGGUUCACUGUCCUGUUCUCCCAUGGUAAUGCAGUGGAUCUAGGCCAGAUGAGCAGCUUCUAUAUCGGCCUAGGCACUCGAAUCAACUGUAACAUAUUCUCCUAUGAUUACUCCGGCUACGGGGUCAGCACGGGGAAGCCCUCGGAAAAGAAUUUGUAUGCAGACAUAGAUGCAGCGUGGCAGGCUCUACGCUCAAGGUAUGGCAUCAGCCCAGAGAAUAUUAUCCUGUACGGACAGAGCAUUGGCACAGUCCCCACGGUGGACCUGGCAUCACGAUACGAGUGUGCGGCUGUGAUACUUCACUCUCCUCUCACCUCUGGCAUGAGGGUGGCCUUUCCCGACACUAAGAAGACUUACUGCUUUGACGCAUUUCCCAACAUUGAGAAAGUGUCUAAAAUCACAUCUCCAGUGUUGAUCAUCCAUGGGACGGAGGAUGAGGUGAUAGAUUUUUCCCACGGGCUGGCCUUGUACGAGCGCUGCCCCAAAGCCGUGGAGCCGCUGUGGGUGGAGGGAGCCGGACACAAUGACAUCGAACUGUACACCCAGUACCUGGAACGCCUGCGUCGUUUCAUUGGGCAGGAAUUGGCCGCACAACACGCCUAAGCUCUCCCUCUUAUCCUCCUUGUUCAUCCCACCAUCUCCCAGUCUGAGCAAGAGUGAGAUGAAUGCAUCAGUAACUUAUUGAAGGUCUGCCAACUUGUAUGGACAACCUUAAAGUCAGAGGAGCUUGACAGAUGAUCCACUGCUCAGAUUUGUUUUCUUAAAAGUGUUUUCGUUUUUUUCUCCCUCCAUUUGUCAUCUCCUUGUACACGUGUAUAUAUAUGUGUGUGCAUGGGGACCCUGGGGGGUGAAAGUGGAAUUUCUCUGGGGCAAGAAUGAUGGAUGAAUUCCUCUGCCGGAUUCAGUCCAAGGAAAUAAGCCAGACAGAUUUCUGUACCUCCAACCAGACUGUCUCUCUCCAUAUCUGAGCAUUCAUCUGUCAGUUGAGUGGUUUGAUUCUCCAACCUGCCCCCAUGAUGCCUCAGCCUAAGAGAUUUUCACUUCCCACUUCUCAUCAGGCAACUUAAAAUAGCUCAAUCUCAGCGCUUGGCAAACUUCCUAGCCUUCCUGACCCUGCAGGAUGGAAUAAACCGGUUGUUUGGUCGAGGAUUUCACGAUUGAGUUUUGAAGCAUCCUACACAGGUGCAAUGAUGCCCACCUCUGCAUCUUCAUUCUUUCAUCUGAUCAUUUGGCCUUUUCUGGAUGGCUCUUGUGGCCAGGUGUGUGGGUCCAUUCUCUCUCAUAUACCCUGCGGUAUACUCGCCUCUAUGCACUGAUGUUCCCUUUUAUUGAGUUUUGGCCUUUAUGUCAAAGAUGAGCUUGGGAUAAGGUGACACCUGAUGAUGUACACCGCUCCAGGCAGGGAAAGAUCGAAUCCUGGAAUGUUGGCUUUUGUUCCCAGCAUUAUCAAUCUAUUUCAUUUCUCUUUGGUGUCUCUGUCCUUUCUUCUCAGCAUGUUAGGGUGUCCAUCCAUAGCACCCUGAGGUGAAAGAAACUGGGAGGGCUGCUCGAUGAUCAUCAUAUUUCAAUGAAACCACCGCACUUGGAAUGACAUGAUACAGAGCAUAUUCACGUCCAGAUCCAUACAUCAUGCAUCUGAACUGUUGGCCAGUAGAAAGAUCAAUGUUUUAUUCUUUCAUCAGGACUUUCCUAAAGCCAGAUCUCCGGCAUAUCAUUUCCAUAUUAAUUUAACUAGUUUCACUUUUUAAAAUGGAUAUUUGGGCCAUUCAAUUGUCUAAUUGUGUAGAAACAAAUAAUGCACACAACAUAGUCCGAGAUAAAAGCAGAAAUCACUUCUGAACCCCGUAGCAAUGACGCACAACUAGUUUUUCCCGUUUUUAGCCUGACGUCAAGAAUGUUUCUUUCAUGGAAAUGUUAUUUCCUCUCGCUCAUUCAAGUCUGAUGUGAAGCUAUAAUCAUGCAUGUUUACUCGGUGUCUCUUGAUUUAUAAUUUUGUUUUUUAAGCAAAUCAUUUCAAAGCGUAACACAUAAUUUAAAUACUCCUCUUUGUGAAUAUAAAGGAUUUUCCUUUUUCUUCCCACUUCAAAUUGCUAGUUAGCGGCACAUGGUUUCAUCUAUCUAAGUAAUGUUCUGACAGCUGGGGGCAGGUUUAAAGAUUAUAACUAGCAAUAAAGGCACAACAAUGUGGUCAUCAUCUACAACCUAUUUUUGUGAUGUCAUCUCUAGUCAAGCUGCUUCUCUUCAAAGGGAGUUUGUCUGAUAUGAUGUGGACACAACUAUCAGGUUACCUGAUGCUUAGAAAGAUUGUUAGAGCUCUGAAAAACAACUGUGAAUUAUCAAGGGAACUUGCUGCUACAGAUCUUGACUGAAUGGUCUCAAUGAAAUUUAAAAGCUGAUCCCUUCAACCUUUUGUUGUUUUCUGAUGCAAAGGCUUCCAAACCUUUUCAGUGAGAUAAGACAUCGCUUCCCCAUGCUGGCGGGAUUCAUUCUUGCCCUUUUUAAGGGAUAGUUCACCCAAAAAGGAAAAUUCUGUCAUUACUUCUGUCAACCUCAUGUUAUGGUGAGAAAUUGAUUUUCUUUCAACCAGACAGUUGGGAACACCCAUUGACUUUUUUGUCGUCAACUGUCAGGUGAGUAAGUAAUGACAAAAUUUUCAUUUUUGGGUGAACUAUCUCUUUAACAUUGUGGGCUGCAAAGUCAUUAUGAAUUCCGCACAAUAAUUUGUUUAAUUAACUUCAGUAUCUUUUGGGGGUAGGGUUUUUUCAAGAUGAAUUUUCAGAUUUUAUGGUGCCAGAAGAUUUCAUCUCUAGAUAUCCUUCUUUUUUUUGUUUUGUUUUGUUUUUGGAAACCUUUAUCCAUCCACCCCUUUUGGUCUGUUCCUAUGUGUUCUGGUUAAACUCAUUCCCAUUACUGCAAAACACAAAGUAAUUAUGUAUUCGGAAAACAAAACACUGGUUUGUACAUAAUUUCCAAAGCCUGAUUCCAGCAAAUGUGAUUCCAUGUUUCAUCAUGUACUAAAGUAUGUAAUCUGGGGUUGGACACAAGGGGGCUUGUUCGUUCUCCAUUCUAACCAAAGAUGACAGGUGUUGGAUUUGCAUUGGCCACCCACUGCCAUUUGUCAGCGCUCAGAUGUGGAUUAGAGCAGGCGGUGGACUUGGGCUGUUCAGACAGAGCCAGUUCUCACACAAUACAGGCUGCUGUUGAUGCCGCCAAGGGGAAGUUUUUGACUGGACUGUUGGUGCGUGUUUACCUCCUGCAAGACCCAAGUGUUUGCAGGGCUGAAGCAAUACCAACUUGUAGCCAGCAGACUGGAUGUGUGUGUUCUAACUAGAAGGGAGGACGUUGGUUUGUGAAGGGUUGGAGUUACCCAGAGACUCCAUCCCAACACAUUCAGAUUCAGCUCUUUUUACUAAGAUUUUUUUUUUU